AUAGUUUUAUUAAGUUUAGAAGAUUUUUUUUUGUAAGAAUGUAAAGAAAUAGAACCAUGUGUAUUACACUUUAUAAUUGUACUUGUAUAAGAACCAAAUGCCGAGAUAACACUUCUCAUUAUAGUAAAUAGAUUUGCCUGUGAAGUCAUGGCGGACUCUGAUAGUUGUAGAAGUAACCAUAUUCGCCAUUCAAUACAUAUAGAUGGUAAUAUAUCCCCGACUGUGGAAAAAAGUAUUAUGCGAAUAGUGGAAAAAGAAGGCUUUCUGGAAUAUACACUUGAUAUUCGAAAUAUUUCUACGAAUGGUGGGAAUUAUUUAGCUAAUCUACAAGAGAUAGAUGUUAAAGGAAAAACUGAAUGUGGAGAAAAAGAAAUAGAUCUGUUUGUAAAAAAUAAACUACAAACUGAUUCAGUUCCAUUGCCUUUAGAUGAAGCUUAUGAACGGGAAGCGUUCUAUUACAACGAAUUAGUGGAAAUAUACGAUAAAUUACAAGAGGAAGCCAAAGUUCCAGUUGAGGAAAGACUUGAAAUAGCGAAAAGCUAUAAGGAGUCUAAUUCAGAUACUACAAUACUCGAAAACUUAACCAAGAAGGGUUUCAAGACUUGCAGUCGACUCCAACCAAUAUCCCAGGAAUUCGCUGAGAUAUCCAUAAAACAACUUGCUAAAUUCCAUGCCUUAUCUUUUGCAUUAAAAAUUAGAAGACCGGAAUAUUUUGAAAGCAAAAUAAAAACAUUAAAUAACUUUAUGCGUAUAGACACAGAAAUGGAGGAUUAUAUAGACAAGAUAUGCAGUACAGCAGCGAGCUCUUUAAAUAAUAUUGAUCACAAAAAAAGAUUGGAGAAAUUUUCCACAAAAAUGAUUGACCACUAUAAGACUUUAAUCAACCCUCCAGAUGGUUUGGCGACGUGCUUAUGUCAUGGAGAUUUUAGAUCUAACAAUAUAAUGAUUUUGGAAACGGAAGGUGCAAUAGACAAAUUGAUUCCUGUGGACUACCAACUUAUAAAUUACGGCUGCCCAGUAAUAGACUUCCUUUACUUAGUUUUCACUGGUUCGGAUCAGAAAUUAAGAAGAGACCACUUAGAUGACCUUAAAGACUUAUAUUACAAGACAUUUGAGAAUUUCCUUGUGCAUUUCGACGUUAGAGCCCAAGACGUUUACUCCAGAGAACGAUUUGAAAAAGAGUACUGGAAUUUUUUGAACCAUGGUCUUUGCUCUUUCUUAAUAAUCGCACCAUUUCUCUUUUGCUGUGAUGAUGAAAUUCCUGAUUUGAACAAUGGAAUAACAACUAUAAAUCUUAACUUUAAUAGCCCCACCUGUAAAGAACGACUUUGUGCAUUAGUCGAUGAUUUCGUGCAGUGGGGUUGUUUAUAAAUAUAGUACACUAAAAAACUUUACUUAUGAAAUCUGGAGUAGGUAGAAAAAUAAUAUAGUUUAUAACUUGAAAAUCGAACUAAAUAUAAAAUAAAUAAGUUCUAC